AUGUUGUCUGGGUUCUUGCUUGUUCUUUCUCUUGUUCACAGUGCUUUGCAGCUGGUGGACAUUGAAACAUUUUUAAUACAUAAUAAAGUCAACAAGCUCUGUCUUCAGGCAUCUGUCACGCAGUCAGUUAGAACUGCCACUUGCCAUCAAGAGAACGAAUCACAAAAAUUCAGGUGGAUCACUGAUCAUCAGCUUAUGAGUGUGAGACUGAACCUAUGCCUGGGGGUGAGGUCAAAGGAAGAUCAGGCUGUGAUCACUCUGUAUCCAUGUAAUCAAACAAGUGAGCUCCAGUGGUGGGAAUGCAGAAAUGAAAGCCUCCUUGCAAUCCAAGGAGAAGAUUUGUUUCUCAGUCCUGGAAAAGAAGAACAUGAUAAUGUUUUAUUAGAGAAGGAGCUAAGUGCAAAGAAUAAGUGGAAGAUCUAUGGGGCCAUGGAUGUUUUAUGUCCCCAGGGAUAUGAAGAGAUCUUUACGCUGCUAGGAAAUGCUUUUGGGGCACCCUGUGUAUUCCCUUUCAUGUACAAUAAGCAGUGGUAUGCCGAGUGCACGGAUGCUGGCCGGUCAGAUGGCUGGCUCUGGUGUGCAACCACGGCAGACUAUGACACAGACCAGCGAUAUGGAUUUUGCCCAUCAAAAGAUAAAGACACUACCUGGACUACAGAUCUGUUAAGAAAUGUCCACUACCAAAUAAACUCUGACUCGGCUGUCACGUGGCACCAAGCCAGGAAGAGCUGUCAGCAGCAAAAUGCAGAAUUAUUGAGUAUCACAGACAUUCAUGAGCAAACAUACCUUAAAGAGUUAACAGAAGGUACAGAUUCUGCACUGUGGAUUGGACUCAACAGACUGGACUUGAGGAGGGGAUGGGAAUGGAUUGGAGGCAGCCCUUUCCACUACUUAAACUGGGCUCCAGGAAGUCCCUCUCCAGAAUCUGCAAAACUCUGCGUGGUUCUGAAUCCUGAAACAAGAUCUAAAUGGCAAAAUUGGGAAUGCGAUCAGAAACUUGGUUACAUUUGUAAGAAAAGAAACUUUAUCUUAGUUCCCUCAGCUGACACUGGGCAUGUUACUUGCCCAGAUGGAUGGGUACCAUAUAUAGAUCACUGUUACAAGAUCUUCAGGGAGACCAAAGGAUGGGAAGAAGCUUUGACUUCUUGUCAGAAGGAAGGGAGUCAUCUGGCCAGCAUCCAGAAUCUUGAGGAGCACAGCUUUAUGGUCUCUCGUCUUGGGUACAGGCCAACAGACAAGCUAUGGAUUGGGCUGAAUGAUCAUAAGGUUCAAAUGUAUUUUGAAUGGAGUGAUGGUAUGCCAGUGACAUACACAAAGUGGCACCUGGGAGAGCCAUCCACCACAAACAACAGGCCAGAACAUUGUGUCCUGAUCAAGGGCCAGGAUGGGUAUUGGGCAGACUAUGUAUGUGAGAAGAAAGCUGGCUACAUUUGUAAAAGAAAACCUAUAUCACAAAUAGCUGGAGAAAAGGAAAGUGCUGAUGCAGGUUGCAAAAAAGGCUGGAGAAGAUAUGGGACCUACUGCUAUUUUAUUGGACAUAUUCCAGCAACAUUUUCAGAAGCAAACACCAUUUGUGAGGAAGAAAAAGGUUACUUAGCUACAGUUGAAAGUAGGUAUGAACAAGCCUAUCUGACGAGCCUCGUUGGGCUGAGGCCUGAGAAAUAUUUCUGGCUUGGUCUUUCUGAUGUGGAGGACCAAGGCAUGUUCAGGUGGUCCAAUGGUGAAGCUGUCUCCUUCACUCACUGGGAUGCAGCAAUGCCUGGAAGUAAUCCAGGAUGUGUAGCCAUGAAAACUGGGACUGCAGCUGGAUUAUGGGAUGUUCUCAACUGUGAGACAAAGCAAAACUAUAUCUGCAAGCAGUGGGCAAUGAGUGCAACAGCACCAUCUAUUACAACUACUGCUCCAGUCCCCACAUGCCCAGAAGGUUGGAUAUCAAACAACCACAGUAGUUCCUGUUUUAAAUGUUUUUACAGAUCAGAUAUUAAAAAGAAAUCAUGGCUUGAAGCUCGAGACUUUUGUAGACAAAUAGGAGGGGAUCUGGUCACCAUUAACAGUAAAGAGGAGGUACCAUUACUUGUAAGAACAAUAUAUGCCAAUCGCUGUAGGUUUCAAAGAGUUUGGCUUGGUAUAUUUUCCUUGAAUCCAGAUGAAGGAUUUGCCUGGAGUGAUGGCUCUCCAGUUAGGUACACAAACUGGGAUGACAGUCCAAGAGAUCCAGGAGGACGCAAGUUAUGUGGUGUACUCAGUGGUGGAACUCAUUCUAAACAAUGGCUUCUUUCGAUCUGUGAAGCACACUUUGACUGGGUUUGUCAAAUAAGAAAAGGAGUGCCAUUAAAAUCUGAGCCAAUCGACACAUAUGCAUAUAAACGCACUGCGGAUGGAUGGGUCAUAUAUGAAGACAAACUAUAUUACAUCAGCAAAGAAUAUGUCUCCAUGGAAAAAGCCCAAGAGUUUUGCAGGACGAAUUCUGCUAACUUGGCUGUUGUUAACAGCAAUAGUGAGAGACGGUUCCUACAGCGAGCACUAAAAGAAAAUGAGGGAUCCUGGAGUCAGUCAAGAGGAUACUUCAUUGGUCUAAAAGUGAGUCUUGAUAAAAAGUUUAGCUGGAUAGAUGGGACUCCCGUAACCUAUGUGGCCUGGGCUCCUAAUGAGCCCAACUUUGCAAAUAAUGAUGAAAAUUGUGUGGUAAUGUUGUCAGAGCAAGGCUUGUGGAAUGAUGUGAACUGUGGUUCCUCCAAUAAAUUCAUAUGUGAAAAACACAACAGUACUAUUAAUUCAACGUUUUCUUCUCCAUUACCUCCUGGAGGAUGUCCAGAAAGUUGGUUUUUCUUUAACAACAAGUGUUUCAAAGUAUUUGCUUCCAGUGUAACAAGAAAACUCAUGUGGCACGCUGCACGAGAUGCUUGUAUCAAUUUGGGAGGAAACCUGGCUACCAUAGCAAAUGAACAAGUGCAAGCUUUCCUCUUCUACCAUUUAAAAGAUGCCACAACUGAUGUUUGGAUCGGAAUGAAUGAUAUCAAUGAAGAGUCCACGUUUCUUUGGACAGAUGGAAGCACCGUUUCCUACACCAACUGGGUUAAUGGUGCACCAGAACAGAGACAAAGCUACUUUGACUAUUAUGACUUUGAAAUGUUGACAGACAUCACCGUGGAGACAGAUUGCGUCUUCAUCAUGAAGUCAGAUGGGAACUGGAGAGAUGAUAGCUGUGACAACGAGAGAGGUUAUAUAUGCCAGAUGAAUUCACUUACCAUGCAGUCUGAAGUACCAACAACAAAUCCAUCCUCUGGCUUUGCCCAUUAUGGUGACAGUAGCUAUACAAUCAUCUCAUCUGAAAUGCAAUGGGAAGAGGCCAGAAAAAAUUGUCAAGACAAAUCCGCAGAACUUGCCAGCAUUUCAGACGCCUACAUCCAUUCAUUCCUGUGGAUCCAGAUGUUGAAAUACGGAAAACCUGUAUGGAUUGGUCUUAACAGCAAUAUGACUGGCAGCUAUUACAAAUGGACUGAUAACUGGAGAACCAGGUACACAAAAUGGGCUGCAGGGGAACCAAAGGAGAAAAAUGCCUGUGUCUACCUAGAUCUUGAUGGUACUUGGAAAACAGCUUCCUGCAAUGAAAGCUACUUUUCAGUUUGUAAGACAUCAGAUGCUAUAGCUCCUACUGACCCUGCUCAGCUGCCUGGAGACUGUCCUGAAGCAGCUGAACUCCAAGCCUGGAUCCCCUACCAUGGCCACUGCUACUACAUCGAAGCAUCAGCUGGGACAAGCUGGGCGCUGGCUUCCCUCGAGUGUGCUCGGUUAGGUGCUACCUUGGUUUCAGUAGAAAACAUGGAUGAAUCUGACUUUCUGGUCCAUACAGUACAACCACUUGGAAAUAAAGUAGGAGGUUUCUGGAUAGGACUUUACCAAAAUGUGGAUGGCCAAUGGUUGUGGCUAGAUAACGCUGCACUGGACUUUGUCAACUGGGAGGACAAAGAGUCUAGUAUGGAGAAUCACUGUGUUGAAAUGAUACCACCAUCCGGUUACUGGGACAACGCUGAUUGCUCUUCUGGAAGGGGAUUUAUCUGCAAAAAACCCAAAACUGAGCCAAGUGGGAGUCCUCUACAGAAAAAAGGCAAGGAAAAAAAGGAAGAGACUCAUCCAGCUGUCCAUGACUCUGUUUGGCCACUCGUUUUCUUGGCUAUUCUCACUCUUUUUGGAGUUGGCAUUUCAGUCUAUUUCUACAAGAAAAAAAGACAAAACCAACUAUCAAGAGAUUGUGGCAAUGAAACACUUAUAAAAUAA